CAACAUGUGGGCUCUAUGGGAAAAGCAGUGCUGAGGCAGGGAGGCUGAGCCUGCAGUCAGCUGGAGGGAGAACGAGGCGGCGCAGCAUCUGCGGGAACUGGGAUUAUUUAGAACUAUGCAUGUCAUUGGCUUCCUCACAUUGAUCGCUGUCCAGGCAGCCGUGCUUGGCAGUAGCCUUCAUGAUGACACCAUUACUGAGUUUGCAGUGAAGCUGUACCAUGAUCUAAGAGCUGCAAAGGAAGAUGACAAUAUAUUCUUCUCUCCUCUGAGCAUUGCUCUAGCUGUUGGAAUGGUGGAGCUGGGUGCCCGUGGAUCCAGUCUUAAAGAGAUUCGACAUGCUCUGGGUUAUGACAAACUAAAGAAUGGUGAAGAAUUUUCUCUGCUAAAAGAUCUCUCCAGCAUGAUGACAGCCCAAGAAAGACAUUAUGUGCUCAGCAUCGCAAACUCCUUAUAUUUACAGAAUGGAUUUCAUAUCAGUGACAAGUUCAUCCAGUUAAUGAAAAAAUACUUCAAAGCAGAAGUAGAAAAUGUAGACUUCAGUCAAGGUUCAGCUGUAGCAAUUCACAUCAAUGAGUGGGUGGAAAAUCACACUAAUAAUCGCAUACACAAUCUUUUCUCUGCUGAAGACUUCACUGAGCUUACAAAGCUGGUUCUCGUCAAUGCUAUCUAUUUUAAGGGCAACUGGAAAUCCCAGUUCAGACCUGAAAACACUAGAACAUUUUCUUUCACUAAAGAUGAUGAGAGUGAAGUGCAGAUCCCAAUGAUGUACCAGAAAGGAGAAUUUUAUUAUGGAGAGUUUACUGAUGGAUCAAAUGAGGCUGGUGGAGUUUACCAAGUACUGGAGAUGCCAUAUGAAGGCGAUGAACUUAGUCUUAUGCUCCUGCUGUCCAGACAGGAAGUUCCUCUGGCAACACUUGAACCGUUAGUCAAAGCCUCUCUUAUUGAUGAAUGGGCAAAUUCUGUGAAAAAACAGAAAGUGGAAGUUUACCUGCCAAGGUUCAAAGUUGAGGAGACAGUCAAUCUGAAGGAUGUGCUGACAAGACUUGGCAUCGUAGAGAUAUUCGGAAGAAAAGCUGAUCUGUCUGCAAUAUCCGAACACAAAGACCUUUACGUGGACAAAGCGGUUCACAAGUCUUAUUUGGAGGUUAAUGAAGAGGGGGCUGAAGCUGCUGCAACCUCUGGAAUGAUUGCCAAUAGCAGAAUGGCAGUGCUGUACCCCCAGGUUAUUGUUGACCAUCCAUUCUUCUUCAUGAUUAGAAACCGCAAAACUGGCUGUGUCUUGUUUAUGGGAAGAGUCAUGCAUCCAGAGGCAUUGAAUUCUGGAGGCCACGAUUCUGAAGAGCUUUAGUACUUUCUGUACACAUUCGGGAAAUGAUAUAUAAGCACAUUGUUUCCUAUUAAUAUCAUUGAUGUUUGUUGUAUAAUUUGUUAUUUCUUUUUUCAUGUUUAAACGUUUCAGGAUUUUGUGUUUUACGCGGUUAGCGAACUACGAGUGGGGCUUCCGUUAUUUUUGAAAUUGAGAACCAGGAGAUCUGCUAGAUCUUUUUACAGGCUGACUGAUGCGGUAAUCCAGUUGCAGGACAUUGGCAUUACUAUUUCUGAUAGUGCUCAUUUAUAUCCUUUAGCACAAACAAAAAUGUGGGUCUUGGCAGCCCAUCCGUUUCCAGGAAAGGUUUUAUUUUUCUAGGGUAGCUGAGAAAAUGAAAGAUUAAUUGCCAUGAGCAAAACAAUUUAUUGUUUCUUUGCAAAAGUUUGUAUUAAAGAAUUGUUGAGUCUGAGUCAUUUCAGUUGCAGAUUCCUGUUUGAAAACACUGGAAUGGUCUUGAGAAUACAUAAGUACGUGGAAGCCCUUCAUAUAGGCAUAUCGCCUACAGUGUUACAUUUAAUGUGUUCUGUGGAUCUUGUGACUGCCUGCCAAAUAAAGUUGUAUACAUGUGAAAAUAUAUUUUUAAUUUGGAGCAUAAGUGUAUGAUAUCUGAUUUUAAUAUAUGUCAAAGUCGGGGGUCAAGUGAGUGCAAUAUUUGUUGUGUUUUUGUUGUGCUAUAAAGUUGGUGUUUUGGAAAUAUUAA